AUGUCCGGUCGCCCUAGAGUGAUCAUGGAAUUCAAGGCAGGUGAACUGGUCGCCUACUGGCGUCAACAGAAGGUCAUCCAAGGGCGUCCUGUGGCGUCUCAAGCGCAUGAGUCGGCUGAGCCGAGCCAAGAUGCUGGUCCCCUCGAGACCUCUUCUCCGGGAGUCAAUGUAGACAUGCAUUCCACGAAAUCGCAUGAUGCCAAGGAACAUGAGCCAGAAUCUCAGACCAAAGAUCGUGCAGUUGAGCCGUAUGUGAAUCCCAAGUCCCUACCAUAUGUCCCGGAAGAAGAAUCAUCGUAUGGUCCAGUGCGACGUAGAGUACCCACUAAGUCUCAAUCGUCUUCUCUGUUUCGGCCACCAGCUAUGCAAGCGGACGAUUUCUCAGAGUUGAUGAAAGACCUUGCGCCAUCUCUCAUCGAGAAUGCCAUUUCAAGUGAGCAUGGAACAUCGAGUAGUUCUGCUUCAUCUGGCGCCGGAGCCAAGCGUGAUCGUGAAGACGAUGUGACACACAUUGACGAACCACCGGCUCAGCGUGCACGUAAUGUGGAUUCGGAAGUGCUGUCAGUUGAGGAAAUCACCGAAGCUUGGAACGAUGGCAUUGAAACUCUCAUUGCUGCCCACAUCCAAAAGAAGCUCAGUAAGGAACUCCCUCCUCAUGGAAAUCCACCAGAACUUCAAGCAUUGGUGGAUGAAUCCAAGGGCCAUGGGGCCAUGCCGUUGAAUGAAGCUGAGAGUCGCCAACUCCAACAUCUGUUGGCCAAGGCGAACGAACCCAAUGUCGGAGCCGAAGAUGGUGAUUUCACCCUUGUGCAAGGUGAAGUCAACCGUGGUUGGGGCGCCAUGACUGAUGGUUCCAAGCGCCGUGAAGAGUCCAACCCCGGCGAGCCAGUUCUCAAGCGUGCUGACAAGAAAGCCCCUUCUGGCUAUUCGAUGCCACCCGGCAUGUCACCACCAUGGAAGUUAGCCGCGGAUGGCCCUAUGAGCUCAAUGGAUGAUCCUGAUCUGUCUCGCGAGGCCUUUGAGAGUGUCCAAAGUGAAGGCAAGACCUUGAGUUUGCCUCCGGGAGUGUCCAGUGUUGAAGUGUGGGGGAAAACCCUCAUCACCGCCGGCCGCUUCAAAGGAGCCCACAUGUCAUAUGAAGAAUUGUGGUCCAACUCGGAUCCAUCCGUUGUGCAGUAUAAGCAGUGGUGUUGCGCACGUGCCUUCUCGUUGACCGGCACCAUGCGCGACAUGUCUCAAUAUUUGCUUUUCAUGAAUGGCAAGAGCUCGAGUUCCCAGUUCUUGGAUGGUCCAAUCAUUCCGGGAUCUGAUGUCCGCCGUCAGUACAAGACGGCAAAGUGA